AUGACCGGCCAAGCUUUCAAGGGCUUGGUCAUAGCCGUUGCUGGGUCCUUUUCCGGUGGCUACAAACAAGCAAAUCUGAAGACCAUCAUCCAGCGUCAUGGGGGAACUUUCAGCUCAGCAGUGACGGAAGAUUGCACUCAUCUAGUGACCACCCAAAGGGAAGUGGACAACAAGAGCGUCAAAUACACGCAGGCUCGCAAGGUCUACACCUGCAACAUCGUCUCCUUAGACUGGCUUGUUGAGUCAGACAGUGCAGGAAAGAAGUUGGAUGAGAAGAAAUUCCUGAUGGGCUCCGACAUCAAGAAAGACGAUGAGCCGGAAAGUCCAAAGAAGCGCACCCUAGAACAGGCUCUGGGAAUUAACGAGGAUGGCACUACGAAGAAGCUCAAGGACGCACAGACGGUCGGCACCAAACAAAUCAAUGUUCCUGUCGAUGAUACAUGUCCUCUUCGAUUGACCUUCACCGUGUACAUUGAUCCCACAGGCCUCAUCUGGGAUGCGACACUCAAUCAGACGAGUGCGACCAACAAUAACAACAAAUUCUACCGCAUUCAGCUUCUCCACAGAAACAACGAAUUCAGGACUUGGACCCACUGGGGUCGGGUAGGCGAACAUGGACAACACGCUUUGCUGGGUGGUGGCGGCUUAGAUGAGGCAGAGUAUGAGUUCAAGAAAAAGUUCAAGGACAAGUCCGGCUUGACCUGGGAAAAUCGCUUGGAUCCACCAAAGAAGGGUAAAUACACCUUCAUUGAAAAGAACUAUGAAGAGGACACGGAAGACGAAGACGAGGACGAAGACAAAGUCGUCGCGAAGAAACCCACCAAGCCCAAGGCAGAGGAAGUGAAAUGCACCUUAUCAGCACCCGUCCAGGACCUCGUGUCAUUCAUCUUCAACAAGGAUUUUUUUCAGUCCACCAUGGCUUCCAUGUCCUACGACGCUCAGAAAUUACCCUUGGGGAAGCUGAGCAAGCGUACUCUCCAGAACGGUUUUCAGGCACUGAAGGAUCUGUCAGAGCUUAUUGCUAAUCCUGCCCUGGCAAGUACAAAGUACGAUACUAGCUUUACUGCUGCAGUGGAGCAUCUCAGCAACCUAUACUUUACCGUGAUUCCGCAUGCAUUCGGACGCAACAGACCCCCGGUGUUGAACAACGACAAUCUACUCAAGAGAGAGAUCGAACUGCUGGAGGCAUUGACCGACAUGGAAGUUGCGAACAGUAUCAUGAAAGAUGCCAGAAACACCGAUACAGUCCACCCUCUGGACCGUCAGUUCCAGGGCUUGAAUAUGCAAGAGAUGACGCCAUUGGAACACACAUCUACCGAAUUCAUCGAGCUGGCCAACUACCUCAACCAGUCUCGCGGUCACACCCACGGCGUUCAAUACAAGGUCAUAAACAUCUUCCGCAUCGAGCGCCAAGGCGAGAAAGACCGGUUCCAAUCAUCCAUGUACUCCAAUAUCCAAAACUCCUGUCGCCGUCUCCUGUGGCACGGUUCUCGCAGCACCAAUUUUGGUGGUAUCUUAAGCCAGGGUCUACGUAUUGCACCGCCCGAGGCCCCCGUCAGCGGGUACAUGUUUGGCAAAGGUGUCUACUUUGCGGAUAUGUCGACCAAGUCAGCGGGUUACUGUUUCUCUUGGGGGAGUGGAAACAGGGGUCUGCUCCUUCUUUGUGACGUUGAGGUCGGCAAUCCCAUGUAUGAGCGGGACACUGCAAGCUUCAACGCGGGCCAAGAAGCUAAAGCGGAGGCCAAAAUUGCCACUCUUGGUCGUGGUCGCUCGAUCCCUGGUGGAUGGAAGGACGCUGGCUGUGUCAAUGAAGAUCUGAAGGGGGUGUUGAUGCCCGAUGUGCGGAUGCCGACCACUAAUUCUAACUCGAGGGGGCUGAUGUACAAUGAGUACAUUGUGUACGAUGUGGCUCAGAUCCAGCAGAAGUAUCUGUUCCAUGUCGACAUGCGGUAG